AUGUACAGCCCGGGUGAGCGCGGUGUCUCCGCAGCAGCAGCAGCAGCAGCUGCUGCUGCAGCAGCAGCAAAUCCUUGGGGUGGAAGAGCUGCUGCAGCCCAUGCUGCUGCCAUCAUACGAAGCAGCAGCAGCAGCAGCAGCAACCGAGCAGCGGGAGAUGUCAAGGGCGAGUCAAAUGAAGAAACAGCAGCAGCAGCAGCAGCAGCUACUGCAGCAGCAGCAGCAGCAGCAGCACACGCAGACAGCGAGCUGCAUAGGGGGCAAGUCCGUACUGGGGCUGCUGUGGGAGAAGGAGAACUGCAGCAGCAGCAGCAGCUGCUGCUGCUGCAAGAGUUGCAGUUGCUGCUGCAGCAGCAGCAACUGCAGCAGCGACAGCAGCACCUGCAGCAGCAGCAACUGCAGCAGCAGCAGCAGAGCUGCAUAGGGGGCAAGGAGAGCUGCUGCGUGGCGGCAGCACGCGGUGUCUUCCUUCAGGCAGCUGCAGCAGCUGCAGCAGCUAAGCAAAAGCCUGCAGCAGCAGAUACACCAGAUGCAGCAGCAGCAAGCAACGAAACAGCAGCAGCAGCAGCAGCAGCAACUGCAGCAGCAGCAGCAGCAAGUUUCCAACUAAGGCAACGUGUGCUGUCACUAGAACCCCACUUCGCCCUGCUGCUGUGCAGCACGAAGCAGCAGCAGCAGCAGCAGCAGCAGCAGCAGCAGCAGCAGCUGCAGCAGCAGCAGCAGCAGCAGCUGCAGCAGCAGCAGCAGCAGCGGCAGCAGCAGCAGCAGCAGCUGCAGCAGCGGCAGCAGCAGCGGCAGCAGCAGCAGCAGCAGCUGCAGCAGCGGCAGCAGCAGCGGCAGCAGCAGCUGCAGCAGCAGCUGCAGCAGCAGCAGCAGCAGCAGCAGCAGCAGCAGCUGCAGCAGCAGCAGCAGCAGCAGCAGCAGCGGCUCCGAUAA